AUGUCCUUUUCCGAUUUCGAUGCCAUCUACGAGGAUGAGCAACUGGAUGACUUGGAGCAUUUCCAGGAUCAGACAGUGAUGCCAGUGGCCGAACCAAUUAUCAUACGAGGCGCGGGCAAUAUGACGGUCUUUGGCCUCAGCAAUCGCUUCAAUAUCGAAUUUCCCUGCGGUUUGCUAUCGCGCGUUGCGCCGGAGGAAUUCAAAGCGACCAUCGGUCGCAUCAAUGGCAUAUUGAAGAAGACCCUGCCCCUGAAUGUCAAGUGGCUCUUUUGUGGCUGCGUUUGUUGCUGCUGCACUCUGGGCUGUUCCCUCUGGCCGGUCAUAUGUUUGAGCAAACGCACACAAUUGACACUGGAUAAGCUGCUCGAGUGGGAAAAUAGUCAUUUAUAUCAUAAGCUCGGCCUGCACUGGCGUUUACAUAAGCAACAAUGUGAUUCCAAUUCCAUGAUGGAGUAUGUUAUAUUAAUUGAAUUUAUACCCAAGACGCCCAUCUAUCGGCCUGACUAAAUGUAUAUAAUAUAUAUAUAUAAAUAGGCAGUGUGGAUCAUUGCAGUCGUUGGGGCAAUCGUUUGGGAGGGGUGAACAUUAUAGGGGGGCCUCUAAUUGUAAUUGUAAAAUACAAAAAAAAACUAACUAAAAA